GUGAGAAGCAUUGGAUGGUAUACACAACAAGUUACCACUUCCGGAAUCGAAACAACGAGAAUAGUGCAUCAUGGCAGCCAACUGUAUCUUCUGCAAGAUCAUCAAGGGUGACAUUCCCUCGAUGAAGCUCUUCGAAAGCGCAAAGACGCUGGCAUUCCUGGAUAUCAAUCCAUUGGCGUAAGUCUGCUCAUCAUCCCAAAGCACCACGGCGAGAAACUCACAGAUAUCCCUGAUGACUCUCUCACCGAGCUGCUUCCUGUAGCCAAGAACAUUGCCUCUGCCCUGCAAAAGACCCAAGGCCUCGAGAACUACAACAUCUUGCAGAACAACGGCAAAUUGGCUCAUCAAGAAGUCGGCCACGUCCACUUCCACGUCAUUCCAAAGCCAGACGAGCAGCAAGGUUUGCAGAUCGGCUGGCCACAGCAGAAGCCAGAUAUGGAUAAGUUGAAGGCUCUGCUCGAGGAAGUCAAGAGUAAAAUGUAAUGGGUUCUCAAAGGUGUACAUAUGGAGGCAGGAUGAAUGGCAUGAGAUUGGCUCGAGCAACACAUUUUCACAUAUCUAUCACUAAUGAACGGCUCACAGUAAGGACAGGAAAUGCCAGGCUUGACGCGUGCACACGCCAGCACAGCACAAGACAAGUCGUUCUGAGCAUCUCCGACCAGCUCAGCGCUCUCACACGCCUCCAGCGCCUACGCGGCAACCUCAUACUUCUCAAAUUUCUUGGGGAUACUUCCAGCAAAUCCAUCCUGCAAGAAUUCUGCAACCUGCUCUCCAUCCAUCCCCUUGAGAUCGAAUUUCUUUCCCUCAUCGGUGAUGAACGUGUC